AUGUCUCUGAAACCUGCCCACUCCUCUACCUUCACCCAUAGAGACUUCUCUGCCAACUCCAUCUUCAAACGCUGCGUUCAAUGUGAAACGUCAGCACCGCCCUGCCCCUCAUGCGAAGAUGGCUAUACCUGCACGAUGAUUAGCCAGUCUUGCACCGCCUGCGCAUCCACGAAGUGCAUCAAGACGUCGGUUAGCAAUCCGCAGCCAGCUCCGUCGAGCGGUGGUGGGAGCAAUGCUGGGGCAAUUGCGGGGGGUGUCAUUGGGGGUAUCGCAUUUAUUGCCAUCGCGACCUUUUUAGUGUGGUGGUUUUUCAUCCGCAAGAAGCGAAGCAUCGCGCUCCAGGAGUCGAAUGAGGGCCAGGAGAAAAACACAUCGAGAGGAGCCCCGCAGGGCAGGAAUUCAAUCGCAUCCACCGUAUUCACCCGUGCCUCAAAUGUCAUUCAGAUUGCGUACAUCCCAGGAGUUACCAAUCGGUCGCCUCCACAGACUCCUGGUGGACUGGUACCCCCAGUCCCUCCACUCCCGGGUGCUUCACCCGAACAGCACUUCUUCAUGCCUGGCGAUCUGCGCGACUCGUCAUGGUCUGGCAUGACAAGGAGCAGUUUCGCCAGCGUGGCGACCACAGCCUAUCGCAGCAACGCCAUUAUCGACCCGCUACCGGCUCAGCAAGCCAUGAGGACCCGUGCCGCCGUCGUCAGUAUCCAUAAUGGAAACAACACCUCACCAUCGGCGACACCAACUCUCAAGGUCACUCCACCAGAUGCACCAGCCGUCCCGGCCAUCACCACGGCGCAGCUCGCCAAGGCUGGCGUCAAAGAGAUCGAUAGCAGGCCAGUUGUGGCUCGAACUGUCAUGGCCAAGCCCGUGACGGUGAUGAGGUCAGCGUCAAAGAAUGGUCCAUACGAGUUGGAUUCUAGUUCCUCUGGUGGACAGAAGUCUGGUAGCAUCUCCACGGAACAAACCCCUUCGGACCGCAAGGAAACACCGGAGACCACCAGUUCUGGGAAGACAGAGACAGUCGACACUAGCAGCGUACAGAUGACAUCCGCGACCGCCGCUCGAGAUAGCAGAACAAUCACUCGAAGUCCGUUUGAAGACCAACCAGAGACAGAAAUCGAAAUAGCGAAUGAUCAUGGUCAAGCGGGUGAUCUUGGAAAUCAAGUUUCCAGCCGCCCACGAGGCAGCCAGUUGGUCGAGAGAGGCGAGAGCCCUUUCUCGGAUGCGAACGAGGUCAAAUGA